AUGUCUCUAGUAGAGACCAAACGUAAAUCGACCGACGACCACGAUGCGCGGCCCCGAAAGUACGGCCCUAGAGAGACUUCCCUCUCGUCAUCCGCGCUGGCAUCGCACAUUGGGUCGUCGCGAUACUUUGAUGGGCAGACGGACACGUAUCACGAACGCAACAUGAAGACGAUACUCUCCAACCGAGGCUCUCCAACAGUCAUUGCGGAUUACGAACCAUCGUCGAGUACGCGCCAGUUCAAGCCUAGUUCCUCUAUCGUCUUGAUCGGUAUCCGAGGCACUGGAAAGUCCAGCCUGGCGGUUAUGUUGGCGGCUGCCCCCGGUCGUCAAUUGAUAGAUUCUGAUCGAUACUUUCAUCAAGUCACCGGCUGUUCGCGAGUUGAAUUCAAGAAAAACAACGAUCAUGCAACUCUCCAACAGCAAGAAUCUCAGGUCUUUGAGUCUAUGCUUUGGGAAAAUCAAGAAGGGUGUAUAAUUGUCUGCGGGGCGGGAACAAUGGAGCGUCGUGGUCAAACGCUGUUGAGGGAAUAUGCGCGCACGCAUCCAGUGAUCCACGUCGUUCGAGACCCUCAGAGUAUUCAGUCAUACCUCAAAGCCUGGAGCACCCCAAAAGUUCAACAUUUCCUAGAGAUAUCAGGCCCAAUAUACCGGAGCUGUUCCAACCUGGAAUUCUUCAAUCUCUCAGAAACCUUCCAGAGGAAUAGCACUAGUCCAGGGUCCGAUGGUCAAGGUUCGUCGCCUGAGCCUCAAUUCGACCGUUGCACACAGGCACCGACACCCUUCUUGACUCUGAAGAAGGUCCAGCGAGACUUCCUUUCAUUUGUUGCUUUCUUGACGGAUGACCGUGCGGAAACGAGCCGUCAGCAAGCUUCUUUCCCAUUAUCACUGUUGCCCGUUGAAAGCCGACGAAAUACCUUGGCGCUAUCAGUUCCCUUCUCUGCGUUGUGCGAGAGGAAUUUGGACCUUGAGGAGCUCGAGUUCAAUGUUGAUGCUAUUGAACUAGUCAUUGAUGUGGCAGGCCACGUUGCUGAGCCCAAUGGCGAUUCAAAUUUGAAUGAUAAAAUCAGUCAUGCGGUGGCACUUAUCCGUCGCCAGACUAUUGUCCCACUUAUCUACCACGUUGAAAGCUAUGUGACACCUACAAGACCACAUUCGCCGACUCAGAGAAGUCGUCGCCUAUGUGAUCAAGAAUACUCGGCGCUUAUUCAACAUGGUCUGCGGCUCGGUCCCGGCUUUCUCACUAUUGAUCUGAGUCGCGAAGAAACCCUCAUAUCUAAAGUCAUGAACAGUAGGGCGAAGACCAAGAUCAUUGCACACUUUGAGUCUCAUCAACGCUUCUCAGGAGGCUGGGACGGUGAGGAGUGUAUGAAAAUCUACGAUCGCGCGCAAAAGCUUGGAUGUGACGUUUUACGGAUUUGUCAACCAGCCGAGAAGAUGGAAGACAAUGACGCCGUACAACGAUUUCGAAAUAGAGUCCAGAAUCUGCCGACCAAAGCUAUCCCCGUGAUUGCUUACAACACAGGACCUCUCGGUCGCAUGUCACGGUGCUUUAACCCCAUCCUCACGCCGGUCACACAUCCGUGUCUCGGCGACGCUCUCGGUCCUACCGACUCGCAUGUCACCGCCGUUGCUGUUCAAAAGGCGCUCUAUAGUUCUUUCGUGCAUGAUCCUAUGCAAUUCUUUCUCUUUGGUGCCAACGUCAAUUACAGCAUGUCUCCUGCUAUGCACAACGCCGCCUUCAAGGUGUGUGGAAUGCCACAUCGGUAUACUAUCUUUCAAAGUCCAGAGCUCCGGGGGCUGAAUGAGCUUGUUGGAAACCCUUUCUUCGGUGGUUCAAGCGUCAGCCUGCCUUACAAGACCGAGGUAAUCCCUCUCCUGGAUUCCAUGUCGCCACAUGCGCGGGCCAUUGGGGCUGUCAACACGAUCAUUCCUAUCCGAAACAAUGAUCUCUUGGAUCCACGCCUCUCUGAGGUUUCAUCAAUCCAUCUUGAAAGGGCACGAGCUGGCCCGGUCAGAGGCAUACACGGAGACAACACCGACUGGAUCGGGAUUUGUAAUUGUAUUCGACGCGGACUCUCGCCUGCCAACGCUGUGCGUCAGUCCACCACCGGCUUGGUUAUUGGAUCCGGCGGCAUGGCCCGCGCAGCUAUCUACUCCAUGAUUCAUCUCGGUGUACGGAACAUCUUUGUUUUCAACCGUACUAUCGCGAAAGCCGAAAAGCUGGCCGAUCAUUACAAUCGACAAGAAUUAUUUUCCAACGGACGGAGGCCCGACGAACGUCCCCGGGUGAGGAUUCUCAACCACACAGACGAACCUUGGCCUGCGGCUUACAAGCAACCAACAAUCAUCGUCUCGGGGAUUCCGGCUCACAGUAUUAGUGGGGAGCCCCCACCCAACUUUAAUGUGCCGACUCAAUGGCUGGAGAGCCCGACAGGUGGCGUCGUGGUCGACCUGGCUUACAAACCUCUCAACACACCGCUCAUGAAACAAAUUCGAGCUCUGUCUCACCGGGGCUGGGUCGCCUUGGACGGCCUGGAUGUGCUUCCCGAACAAGGCUUUGCCCAAUUCGAGCUGUUCACGGGCCGACGAGCACCCCGUCGGUUGAUGCGUACCAUCGUCUUGCAAGAAUAUGAGGAUGACGAGGCUCAUGACGACCGCAAUGCCAUUCAAUAUCGACUGCGCCACCUCGACGGUCAACCUACGUGA